AUGGUAUUGGUUUGUUGGGCCGGAAGCAACGUCACGGGGUUCGUCAAGGCUUUGAAAUUUCUCGAGCUGGUUGCGUCGAACAUGUUGGCGAUCACCAACCUCGCCAUCUGCGCCAACCUCGCCCUCGUCAUCAUGUCGCAUCGAACCCUGGCUCGGGUCAAGAGCUUCAGCUCGCCCUCGCUGGUCUUCCUGUCCCUCGCCGUGUCCAUCGCAGUCGCUGUCGCCGCCGCACCCUUCUGGCAGACAACCGUCGUCAGCGGUACUGGGUUCGCCGUCAGAAACGAAGACCAGCGGUCCGGCGACUGGCUGGCCGUCUCCCGCUUCUUCCUCGAGUUCCUCGUCGGGAUCUGCAUGUUCGUCAUUGUGGCCUGGCUACUGCUGUUCCGGAUCAACGAGGUCAAGGAGUGCUGGAAGGUGCACGCCCGCAUCCGCUACUACUUCGGCCUGACUCUCAUCGGCACAACGGUCAAUCUGGCUCUUGGCGUCUGCGGCACGAUCUACGUCGUCGGUGGGCGUGAGAAGUCAUUGCUCAUCGUCUUGACGUGGACGUUUCGGCACAUUCACAUCGCGCUAGACACAUUCGUCCUGUACGGCGUGCUCGGGGUACCAGCUGCGACCGGGCACGAUGAGGGCCCCGAUGCCCAAAGGCGUUGUUCGGCCGCCGCCGCCGCCCCUGGAUCAAAUCCCCGAGGUUGUUCUAGCUGCAGUAGGCCUGGAUUGAAUGGCGGGGCCUCGCCAAAUAUUGGCGAGCUGAGCAAGGCAAGCUCUUGGAAGGGCCGAGUCUCCUGUUCUUCGAGCGGGAGCUCCGCCCUAAAGGUGCAAGUCCGGCCGGCAGGCAGCAGUACAAAGCGGUCGGGCCAGGUCGGCUUGUUGGCAAUGACGAAAGUAUGACCGCGUAACGCAAGCACAGGCGGGUGAAGUGGCGUGUGGCGUGUGUCCUUUUCUUCGAAUGAUAGUUGAAUGUUCCGCCGGUCAGGAGCAGGUAGACGGCAACGCGCGGUGGGGCACACAGGGCUUGCUGAAGAGUAUGGCCGGUUACGAAAGCGCAGCUUGUAGCGCUAGGUGAAUGCCGGGUCCCCUCUUCCUCGAACGCGAGAACUCCGCCCGAAGGCUGCGGGCGUUCGCCCCGUAGACACUACGGCCGCUUCCCUUCGCAAUGCGAUUUAUCUCUUUCGGAAGUGAUUUGGAAUAGUUAAUCGUAUGGCGGUGAUACGAGCGAGAUUGAUGUAGGCCGAACGGAACAUCCUGGUUGCGGUGUGUGCUUGCCGUCAGGCCGAUCGGCGUCACGGGCUCGUCGCGGUCUGACUUGUAGCUACGGGUUCAAAGAUUACGCCAAGUUUCGCCACAGACGGGCUGAAAAGAAAGCCAUUAGAGGCUGUUGUGCAAAGGGCGUGCUGCGGCUAGUAGUGCUGACCAAGUUGCGCGUUGUUCCCCCUCCUGUUUGCGUGGCGUUUUUGUUUGAAGGGGGGCGUGUAGUCGCUCGCAGGUAGACUACUCAACUUAGUGUCGGAGAGCACAUGCGCACGCUCAUCUUUGUUUGCUUUGCGUUCAUGUGUCGUCAGUGGUACAGUGUGUGCUUCUAUUUGCACUCUUUGUCGUCUUGUUUCGGUCCCCCUCGAGCUGCCUUGUAUUUAGUUUAUUCCAGUAUGGUGUAGGUGUUUUUUUGUGAUCCGUACGUGCACG